AAAACUAUUCAUAAGCCCAAAACAAAAUGAAAGUGCCAGCAAAGGACUCAAAAUAUUCCAUAAAUUUGAAGAUUUUUAAGCUGCACAACUACAGUACCGCUCCCAAAAUGGGCACCAGCUGCAGCAGCUGCAGCAGCAGUAGCAGCAACAGUUGCAGCAACAAUGGUGGCGAUAAGAAAUCGCCCUCCCCCACCGGCGUCAAACCGCCUGCCAUACUAACCAAACGAAACUCUUGGCGUGCUUCAUGGAAAUUUUCAGCAGCAAAGCAACAACAAAAACAGCAACAGCAACAAUCUGAAUCUUCUGACUGCGCCAUCAAUGGCACGAGUCAUAGUGAGCAAGAUAAUUCGACCACUGAGCAUGAUGCUGAUAGUAAAAACAAGCGUUUGAAUAGUUUGAAUGGCAACAAUGAGUCAGCAUGCGUGGCGGACAAAAGAACACAACAUUGGGCGGAUGUCUUGGAUCGCAUCGCAGUUCAAAGUGCGGAAAGCAGUAAAGGGUCCUCAUCGUCGCAGCAACAGCAGAUGCACGAGACUGAUGAAUUUAUGUCAAUGCCAUGGUUCGGCAUGGAUAUUGGUGGCACACUUACAAAGCUAGUCUACUUCGAGCCAAAGGAUAUAACACCCGAUGAACAGGAUCAAGAGGCUGAAAUUUUAAGAAAUAUACGCCGAUACUUAACUAAAAAUUCUGCCUAUGGCAAAACCGGGCAUCGUGAUACACAUCUACAGAUGGACAAUGUUGAAAUACGUAAACGCCGUGGCUCACUGCAUUUCAUCCGCUUCCAAACCACUGACAUGGGCAAUUUCCUCAUAUUGGCCAAGCAAAAGGGCAUGGCCGAAUUGGUGACCACCGUUUGUGCUACUGGUGGUGGUGCAUUCAAAUUUGAAAAUGAAUUCCGGCAGCAAGUCAAUAUGAAACUUGCCAAAUUCGAUGAACUCGAUACGCUCAUCAAAGGCAUACUUUUUGCAGAGGUGCAAAAUCCCACAGAGUGCUAUUUUUAUGAGAAUGCGCGUGAUAUUAUGAAGAGCGAGAAGCGUGCUUUUGAUUUCUCCAAGCCGUACCCAUUCAUUUUGGUAAAUGUCGGCUCAGGUGUGUCGAUACUGGCUGUCUACGGUCCGGACAAUUAUAAGCGUGUUUCAGGCACAAGCUUGGGUGGCGGUACAUUCCUUGGCCUCUGUUGUUUGCUAACUGGCUGCAAUUCAUUUGAGGAGGCCAUACAACUUGCAACCAAAGGAGACAAUCGUAAAGUAGAUAAAUUAGUGCGUGAUAUCUAUGGCGGCGAUUAUGAUCGUUUCGGUUUGACUGGUGAUUUGGUGGCGUCAAGUUUUGGCCAAAUGCAUAUUAAGGAUAAACGCUCAUCGGUGUCGCGAGAGGACUUGGCUAAUGCAACAUUGGUAACAAUUACCAACAAUAUUGGCUCAAUUGCACGAAUGUGUGCCUUGAAUGAGAAAAUGGAUAAGGUCGUCUUUGUCGGCAACUUCUUGCGCGUCAAUCCCAUUUCAAUGAAGUUACUCGCCUAUGCCAUGGAGUUCUGGUCCAAUGGCACACUGAAAGCACUCUUCCUAGAACAUGAAGGUUACUUUGGUGCAUUGGGUUGUCUCUUGCAAUUUAAUGGCGAAAUUGCAGCCGCACUCAAUGAAACAACUGAAACAACACAGAAGCCCGAACAUACGACAACCACAUCGGCGACAGCUGAAACACUAUCUAACAUUACAAAUUCCACAACUUCGCCAACCAGUCCUAACAAUAGUGAUAGUUGAAGUACAGGGACUAGUGCUUAAAAUGUGUAAUGUGCAUAGUUCUUAGCUCAAAGAAGUAAAUAAAAAUAUGUAAAUGUAUGUAAUAAUAAGAAACAAUAAUAGUUACAAUGUGCUUGUAAAGUGAAGUAAACUACUAACUAAAAAGACACAAGAAAGCAAAAUCAAAAUUAUAAUAUUUAAAUAAUACAUUUUUUAUGUGUUAUAUAUAAGAAGGCAAAAGUAUGUAUGUA